AUGUUGCUGACUGACAGGAAAAAAAAACUCACAACAUUUUAUUAUAAAUGCAGUAAAGCUAGUACUUAUUUUUGUCCGGGAUCAAUUAAGAAGCUGAGAAACGGAACUGUAGUGAUAAUAAAACCACAUGAGGGCCAUGUUAGUGAGCAAAAUAUCUCUCAGCAACUGGUUCAUAAUUUUUGUGACAUUUUGAAAAGAAGGGCAUCUACUGAGAAUAUCUCGUUAAGGAGUUUAUAUGAUGAGGAAUCUAGAAGACACGUAGUAGCAGCAGGGUUGUACCCAUGGUCAACUGCCGAAUCUCUAAUGCGACAUGCCCGAAGAAGAUCAUUGCCUAGAUUGCCCAACUCGCUGUUAGAUUUGGCAACUCUAUUUGACAAUGGUAAACUGAAUAACGUGAGUUAG